AUGGUGAUGGCUUGCAGGGUCAUAAACAAAAGAAGGCACAUAGGACUUCAACAACUUUCAUCAUUCGCAGAAACAGGAAGAACUUUCCUAGGCCCAGUAAAAUCAUCCAAAUUUAUUAUAGAUGAAGAAUGUCAUGAAAGUGUAUUAAUCAGUUCAACAGUAAGGCUUCUUGAAAAUUUGGAUUUAACCAGUGCAGUGGGACAACUUCUCAAUGAAGCAGUUCAAGCACAAAAUAACACAUACAGAACUGGAACCAGUACUCUUUUGUUCCUUGUUGGUGCAUGGAGCAGUGCAGUUGAAGAAUGUCUUCAUCUGGGUGUCCCCAUUUCCAUAAUAGUGUCAGUAAUGUCAGAAGGUUUGAACUUCUGUAGUGAAGAAGUAGUUUCCCUUCAAGUACCUGUCCACAAUAUAUUUGACCAUAUGGGCAACACAUUUUCUGGACUUGAAACAUGUAGUGUCAGUUUGUGUCCUUUUCUACAAGUCCCUUCAGAUACUGGUUUGAUACAGGAAGAGCAUGAUCUCAAAGAUGUUGCCUCUCAAUCUCUGACCAUUCACAGUCUUUCUGGGGGACCUGUUAAAUCACCUAAAUUCUUCAAAUAUCAGUCUAAGGUUGAAACAGAUAAAAACACAUCACAAACUCAGAAGAACAGUCUGCUUGCAGAUACCUGCUGCAGAAAGUCAAUACUAAUCCACAGUAGGCAUUUUAAUAGAAAAGAUACUAAAGAAUGGAUAAGCAAACAGGAUGGAUUUCUUGAAUAUGGUACAGCUACUCCCAAAACUUACAGAUGUAAUGAUUUGGUAGAAUUGGCAGUAGGCUUGAGUCACGGAGAUCACAGCAGCAUGAAAUUAGUAGAAGAAGCAGUACGGCUGCAAUAUCAAAAUGCAUAUAUGAAACAAGUUAACUGUAUGAUGCCAUUUACGUUUGACAUUUCAAAGAUCUUCACUUGCUGUCUACCAGGUUUACCUGAAAGUUUUUCUUGUGUUUGUCCAGGAUAUAUCACUGUUGUAUCAAUAUCUAGUACUGCUCUGAUUAAGGAAUUGCAGAAUCAGCCUGUCCAGUUAGUUCUCAUAGAGGGUGAUCUCACGGAGAAUUAUCGCCACCUGGGAUUUCAAAAGUCUGCAAAUAUUAAAACAGUAUUAGAUACCGUGAAGCUUCAAGAAGACAGCUCGGAAGAACUGUGGACAAAUCAUGUAUUACAGGUAUUAAUCCAGUUCAAUGUGAACCUUGUCCUGGUACAAGGAAAUGUGUCUGAACACUUAAUUGAAAAAUGCAUACACAAUAAGCGGUUGGUAAUUGGGUCAGUGAAUGGCAGUGCUAUGCAGGCUUUUGCAGAGGCUACGGGAGCAGUACAGGUGGCCUACAUUACACAAGUGAAUAAAGACUGUGUGGGCAAUGGGGUCUAUGUGACCUUCUGGAGAAGCAAUCCUUUGGAUGUUGUAGAUAGGAACAACAGAAUACCAAUCUUGUUAAAAACAGAAGGAAUUAAUUUGGUUACAGCAGUGCUCACUAACCCAGUCACUGCACAGAUGCAAGCCAAAGAAGACAGGUUCUGGAGUUGUGCCUAUCGUUUGUAUUAUGCUCUGAAAGAGGAAAAGGUGUUUCUUGGAGGCGGUGCAGUUGAAUUUUUGUGUCUUAGUCAUCUUCAAAUUCUUGUGGAGCAAUAUCUGAAAAAAGGAAACCAUGCUUCUUCGGGGCAGCUUCAUAAUACCUCCUCUUGGCUGGCUCCAUCUCUGGCUAUAUACAGACCAACUGUGCUUAAAUUCCUGGCAAAUGGAUGGCAGAAAUACCUUUCAACUCUCAUGUAUAACACUGCCAAUUACUCAUCAGAAUUUGAAGCCAACACGUUCAUUCAACAUCAUCUACAAAAUGCUACAGAGUCUGGCUCUCCUUCAUCAUACAUCUUGAAUGAAUAUAGUAAAAUAAAUAGUGGAAUUUUUACUUCAGGCAUUUCAGAUAAACUGGAGCAGAUUCCAAGAGUUUAUGACAUUGUUACACCAAAGAUUGAGGCAUGGCGCCGAGCAUUGGAUUUAGUACUGAUAGUACUUCAGACAGACAGUGAAAUUAUUACUGGACUUGGACACACACAGAUAAAUUCACAGACAUCAGAAGGUUUUUUAUUUUUGUAGUAUUGUUGACUGAGUCUUUGGAAAACAAUUUCUUGUACUAUAUCAUGGUAAUAAAUUUACUAAUAGCCAAAUC